UAAAAACACUAUGCGAAGAAACGUGUUUAGUGUUCUGUGUUUAUUUUAUAGUUUUGAAUAUUGUGUUUUCUUUUAAUUUGUGUUGUGUUUAACGCUAAAAACAAUGAGUUUAGAAGGACAAACGUUACUUCCUGGUGAAUCAUCAGGAUCAUCUGGAAUAACAACAGAUGAUGAAGAAUCAGGGGGUUGUGGAGCAACAGCUUGUUGUAAUCCAAGAAGCACAUGCCAUAGAUUUAUUGCUGGAUUAUUAAUGUGCUUUUUAGGAUUUGGUUCGUAUUUUUGUUAUGACAAUCCGGCAGCAUUACAAGAUAAUUUUAUGAAAGAUUUAAAUAUAACUACAACAGAAUUUAUGUUUUUUUAUUCAAUAUAUUCAUGGCCGAAUGUAAUAUUAUGUUUUGUGGGUGGAUUUUUAAUUGACAGUGUAUUUGGAGUUCGAAAUGGUUCCAAUAUUUAUAUGCUUAUUGUAAUGAUUGGUCAGAUAAUAUUUGCAAGUGCUGGAUUUUAUGACAUGUAUUGGUUGAUGAUUCUUGGACGUUUAAUUUUUGGGAUCGGAGCGGAGUCAUUAGCCGUAGCACAAAAUAAUUAUGCAGUAGUGUGGUUUCGAGGAAAAGAAUUAAACAUGGUGUUUGGUAUACAAUUAAGUUUUGCUCGAAUUGGAUCCACUGUUAAUUUUUGGAUUAUGGAACCAAUUUAUACAUAUGUGAAUCAAUUUUAUUUUGGCCCUGAGUGUAUUGGUGUAGUUUUAUUUAUUGCUGGAUUAACGUGUGUUUUUAGUUUGAUAUGUUCAUUAAUAUUAGGUUGUAUGGAUAAAAGAGCUGCACGUAUUUUACAUAGAGACGAAAAUAAUACAGAAGUUGUUCGAUUAACAGAUAUCGUAGAUUUUAAACCGUCAUUCUGGAUAAUUACUAUCAUUGUUGUUGCAUACUAUGUUGCUAUUUUUCCAUUUAUCGCAUUAGGAAAAGGAUUCUUUAUGUCAAAAUUCAAUUUAACUGCACAUGAAGCCAACAACGUAAACAGUAUUGUAUAUUCGAUAUCCGCUAUAGCAUCACCAGUAUUAGGUUUAUUAAUCGAUAAAACUGGCCGUAAUAUUAUUUGGGUUAUAUUAUCGAUUUUAUUUACAAUUGCAGCACAUGCUAUUUUAACAUUUACCGAUUUAUAUCCGUAUAUAGGCAUGGUAAUGAUGGGUCUUGCUUAUUCAUUAUGUGCUAGCGGAUUAUGGCCUUUAGUUGCUUUGGUUAUACCAGAAUAUCAAUUAGGAACAGCAUAUGGAAUAUGUCAAUCAAUUGAAAACUUGGGUCUUGCUGUAGUAUCAAUUAUUACUGGAAUUAUUGUUGAUGCUGGUGGUUAUUAUUGGGUAGAAAUGUUUUUCAUGGGAGCUUUAACACUUGCACUUUUUAGUACCAUUUUAGUAUGGAUUAUAGAUAGUCGAGCUUAUGGUGUUAUGAAUAUGACCCCAUAUGAACGAGAUAUUCACGAUUGUAAUCGACAGGCUGCGGAAAUAUUGGAACGUGAAAAGUUACUGUCAUCAAGCCGUAGCCAAAUUGGUCCAAAUGAUUUACUACAACCAACAAAUUCUGAAUUUCAUAUACGAAAUCGUUAUUUAUCACGAAUAGGUGCCUCUUUACCAUCUCACUAUAAUGUUAAUCAAAAAUAUUUAGCGUAUAGGGCGCUUCGAUGAUUAGAUUAUUAAUAAUUGUGUGUAACUUGUAAUUAAUAUAAACAUAAUAUCAUUUUUUUUACAUUAACAAAAAAUUAGACAAAGAUUUAUAUAGAAUUAAUUCGCUCAAGUGAAACAAGCACUCAUUAUAUUAUAUUCAGUUAUGCGCGCGAAUUGUGUGAAAGUUGUUGCUGUGAUUCUUUUUAUUAAUUAUAACGUUGAUGAAAUUAAGGCAAGAGAGUAUAUUAUUUAGACUAAUAGAUUUUUAUAAAAUAAUAUGUUGUAAUAUUUAUUUAAUUUAAGCAAAGACAAUUAGGUUUGUACUAAGCAAUACACUAAGAGAGAGAGUAUGAUUGAAUAUUGAAUAGCCAACUAGCUUAAUUAGCCGUUCAGUUAACAGCCUGAUCUUUUUACUAAACGGCGAAAUUAAAAUAGCUUGAAUGAUAUUCAGCCGUAACGUUUAAUACAACAUUUAAUGAACUGGCUGGCUGAUGCUUAGGCCAUUCAUACAUACAAUAGGGUGGCCAUUUGACAAAAAAAAGAAAUAUCUGACAUUAGAAAAUGUAUAUUUACGUAAUUUAAGAUAUGACAUAUUGUUAUUUGGUCAUCAUGAGAUCAACUAGCGUAACUUAAUUACAGAGACACUGAUUCAGAGUAGGUUUACAACUACAUUUUUGAAAUCCCUGACCACCAAAACGUGAUUGAUUCGUUUCUGUGUACUGAAAUUUAUGCCGUAAAAACCAGUGCUUAAUAGUACCAUACUUAAAUCUAACUUUUUGUCUUUACACUCUUCCAUUGUUCUUUUGUGUGUAAACGCAAUCAAAGUGUGGGUUUCAAGCUGUUUGAAUGGCUGAUUAUCGUUCAGGUCGCUAUUUGAACGGCUCUGUUCAGUAAAAAGGCUAGGCUGUUAAAUGAAUGGCUAAUUAAGUUAGUUGUCUGCGACAUUAUCGUGGAAUAUUACUUGAUAAUCAAGUUUAUUCAAGAAGUAUUAGGGAAUUUUAAAUACAAUUGAAUUUCAUUCGUGUUAAUUAUUUUUAUUUUUUCGGACAUGUUAUUAUAUGGGAAUUCUCCAAUGCAAAUGAAUCAUGUACUCGUAGCCUGCAACUGUUUGUAACAUGAAUGAGCUUUUAUUAAAGCAAAAAAAAUUUUGUAUUUUUCCUGUUUAUUUCCGAAUUAUACUAAAUAUUCUAUGGUCACCCAUAAAAAUUUUGUAUAAUCUUUUUUGUUUAGAAUUGAUGUAUCAAAUUUUUUUCCCAAUCCCUAUGAUUGCUAAGGUAAAUAGGAAAAUAGUGUUUUCUUUUUGCGCACAGCGUUCAUAAGCAUCAUUUUCAGGCUGGUCAACAUCGAAAUUGUUUUUUUUUUUGAAGUUCGAACAAAGAAAACAUUAUCAUAUUUACCAUCUUCAAAGAUGAGUUUAUUUUAAAAAUUUGUUUCCUAUGAAUUGUGUAAAAAUAUAUUGUUCGGUUCAUGUUUACGAGUUUGAUUAUUUUAGAUUUUGUCUCGCUUUUAUAUUUACCAAUAAUUAUUAAUAAAAUUGAUUUUGGUUUUUACUUGAUAUCCAUGAUAUGGUCACAAACUAUCUAUGGCAAUAAUAGUAACUGACAAAUUUUUAGCAUGUGUAUGUAUACCUUCACAAUGCUUUUCAAGUUCCAAGUACAUAUCAAAUAAAUAUACGUGUUCAAAUAAAUACAAAACUAAAAAUACUUUUAUUUAAACUUCUUUACAUUUCCUUAUUGUGGAGUAUAUAAACAUGCUAAAAAACACUCAGCAGUGUAGAAUAUGGUCCAAAAAUGAAUAAUUAGAUAAUAGGGUUAUUAUUUUUUAUUGUUUACGCUUUGAGACUCUUAAACCGUAUUUUGUUGCUUGGAAUGUGAUGUGCCUCUCAUUUCGCCUUAAAGUUAUUCAAGCUGUAUAUUGUAUAACACUAAAACACAAUAUCCAAUAAAUCAAUUAAUUAUUGGCCCAAGAAAAUUUAUGUUACCCUGCCACAAAGUCGUGAUCAUAUGAGGGUUAUAAUCGUCAUGGCCAUAUCAAUUCUUAUGUCAUGAAAAGGAUUUAUAAUCUGGUUAAACAUAAACAGCGCCGCAAGUCGGUUUAAAUUUUUUAAUGAAUUUGCAGAAUUUUAGUUGGCGGAGAGUUUUAGUUUUAUGGUUUUUCAUCUUUUAAGUUAUUCCGUUAUAAAAAAUAACAAAUAAAUGCCGAUCAGGGUUGGUGCUCAAACAUUUACAACUUUGCAGAAGGCUAGCAUAUCUUGAUCCUUUUUGAUUCUAGUUCUUGGUUUGUGAUCUCCUUAAUAUCUAGACCACACAGUUUUUAAAGCGUACUUCAAUAUUGUAUCCAAUACAUGUUAAGCUUCAAAAAUUUUCUGUUGAAUUCACCAAUGACCAGGAAGUAAUACAGGUUGGGUAACUUGAAUUAAGGGGCAUACAUUUUCAAUUUGUUUUUGCAAACGAAUUACAACUCAAAUUUCUCAGACUUAAUAUCAAAUAAGCCCGUUAUUGAAUUAUUGAUAUUUAGGUCACAUUCUGUGCUGUUGAACGUAUUGUUUAGUUCAAUGUAAAGUAAAGCAAUUUAUGAAAAUUUAACUAUACAUAACGUAUUUUAUCAUGUAAAGCUGUUAAAAAUUAACGUUAAAAUAUAUUAUUCUUUAUCAAAAUGUGUCAACUUAUAUAUAACCUAUGCCUAUCGAUCUAUUCGAAAAGUUGAAAACAAUUUUGAAUUUUAGUAUGAGAUUUAAGAAGAUGAUAUUACGAAUUUUACUGAGUAAUGAAUAUUAUUUGUGAAAAUGCUAAAGCAUAAGGGAGUGCGUCUAGUAUUGCAGAAAUCAGAAUAGAACUAAUACCGACACUUGUUCGUUCCCAAUACAUCACGUAAUUUUUUCAGUUAUUACCACACGUUCCAAACUUCGUGAGUGGCUUCGUUUUGACGAGUCUACCAUACAAUAAAUUGUGACGAUUCUUAGAAAUGCUGCGUUUUCGAGCUUGACGUCUCUAAUCAUGUCAACAACCCUGUAUUGCUUAUUUACGACCACAUACUUUAAAUAUUUAGAUAAUUUUUGCCUGACAAAUGUAAUGCAGCGUUGGUUUAGUCCACCGCCCGUAACACGUCAAUUUAACAGAGUAUUGAUUAUCGAUGAACAAAUGAUGUAUUUUUGCGGAAACGUUUAGUAAAUAUAUUCAUAAUUUGUCGAAUGUGUUGCCCGAAAAAUUUUUUUG